AUGCUAGGCGAGGAGGUUGAACGGCGGGUUCCAGAAACACCUGGUCUCGACGCCAUCCUUGGUGUAGAGAACAUGAACAAAGCCAGGCGACUACACUUUGAGACUAAGAGACUUGCCCAUGAGCUUGAUCGGGUAUAUGUUUGCACGCAUGACGCCACCAAGCAACGACUUCUGGAUACAUUUUCCAUCCCCGAGGACAUCUCGAUCAAGUCGUACUCGGCUGAAACAAGAGGGUCUGAGACGGUUCACAGAAUUGAAUGGAGUGAUGGACAUGAAAGCGAAUACUCGGGGCCUUUUCUCUCCCAAGCUACAAACAACGCAAGGUUGAAGGCCGUACAGCGUCAAGCUUUGGUCGACAUCAAACCCUGGGACUCAUCCAUCGCUUCGGAUCCACCAAAGACUCUAUUCGGAUUCUGCUACGUCGAUGAGACGCCUUUCGAGAACCCAGAGGCCACGAAGAAGAUGCUGGAAAAAAUUGCCUUUAUUAGGGAAACGCACUACGGCGGCUUCUACGACUUCACGGCCGACCUAGCGAGCAAGGAUACCGCAUACACCAACAUUGCACUAGAAGCACAUACAGACACUACCUACUUCUCCGACCCAGCCGGCCUACAGGCUUUUCACCUCCUUUCCCACACCGACGGUGAAGGCGGUGCAAGUCUCCUUGUCGAUGGCUUCAAAGCUGCGGACGAACUCUGGCAAACCGACCGCAAAGCAUAUGAGAUUCUCUCAACAAUAAAUGUCCAUGGACACGCCUCAGGCAACGAAGGCAUUUCAAUACAACCCUACCGUGGCUUCCCCGUCCUCGAGCACGACACCGCUACAGGCGACUUGCUCCGCGUCCGGUGGAACACGUCAGAUAGAGCAUCUAUUGAGCUUCCCAUCGAGGAAGUUGAGACGUGGUACGAUGCAGCUCGCAAAUUCGACGCGAUACUCAAGAAGAAGGAGAAUGAGUAUUGGGAACAGCUUGUGCCGGGUAGAGUGCUCAUCUUCGACAACUGGCGAGUGCUGCAUGGACGGAGUAGCUUCACAGGGAAGCGCAGGAUCUGUGGAGCGUACAUCAAUAGGGAUGAUUGGAUUAGCAAGUUCAAGAUGCGGCAUUUUGGAAAAGAGAAUGUGCUGAAGGGGUUGGCUGUAAACUAA